CUUCUCUACUCUCCGGAGCAAUUAAUUCCAAGAGAACCAAAAAGGUGUUGCCAUGCUCUCUCGACCUCUGGCUUAUUCUACUUCUUCUAUUGCUUUCCUCCCCUCGUCGACGUCGUCGUCAUCCUCAACAUUGCGACGUCUUAGCACUAAUCUCGCGUGUCGGGUCAACAAAUCGGAGGCUCCCUUUUCAGCAGCAGAACAACUCGGACUAAUCGGCGUGCACCAUUCAUCAUCACAUCAGCCAUCUUCUUCACUUCCCCCCUGGUUCCGGUCCGCUAGAUUCAUAGGUACUUCUUGUCGUACCGCUAGUAGUAGAUCUACUCCUGUCUCCUGUACUUCCGGGAUCUACUGGUCCUUUUCGAGGAUCCGCCCAGCCGCCCCGUCACAGUCGUCAUUCUCGAAGUCGUCCGGCGACCUUUUUAUAUCUCGCCGAUUCCCAUCCUCUCUGCGAGUACUAAUACAACAGACACGAUUCUGCAGCAGCUCUAGCCACAAGCACUCGACGACUCCCUCGACACACACAAACAACACGACCACCGCCGCACCACCCGAGGGACAAAAGGCGGACGAAGAGGAAGAAGAGUUCAACCCCAUCACCAUGUCUCCAGAUCCGAACUCCGAUGACGCCUUCACCAAGGCCUUCAACAACAACUCGGCGUGGCGACGGUCCCUGGCCGAGACCGAGCCGGAGCUGUUCGAAUCCCUGGGCAAAGGCCAGUCGCCCCAGAUCCUCUGGAUCGGCUGCGCCGACUCUCGCUGCCCGGAGACGACCAUCCUGGGCCUGAAGCCGGGCGAGAUCUUUUGCCACCGCAACAUCGCCAACAUCCUGACCCCGACCGACAUCAAUUCCCUCUCGGUCAUCCAGUUCGCCGUCCAGUACCUCAAGGUCAAGCACAUCAUCAUCUGCGGACACACGUCGUGCGGUGGCAUCGCCGCCGCCCUGGACAACAAGAAGCUGGGCCUGAUCGACACCUGGCUCAUGCCGCUGCGGGCCAUCCGCCGGGAGAACCUGGGACUCUUGGACAGCCUCGACGACAAGGAGCGGGCCCUGAAGCUCGUCGAGCUCAACGUCCGGCACGGCGCCAAGGUCCUGCACGAGAACCCAAUCGUCAUCGACGCCAUCCAGGAACGAGGGUUGCAGGUCCACGGCCUCAUCUACAACGUCGGCACCGGGGAACUCAGGGAGCUGGACAUUGGAGAGGACGAUGACGUGGUCAAGAGCCGUCGCAUCGCCUUCAAGACCGAGUGAACCAGAAACCCACUGACCGGCGAUAAGGGACCUUUCUUUUUUUGGGGGGAGGACGAGGGGAUUCCUUGUUCUUUUUUCACCUACUUCUUGUGCCGGGAGACGUGGAAUUAUUGCUUCCUUGAAAGGCGAGCCGGAGAAUCAUCAAAGUAAAGUAAAUGUCAAAACUCUUGAACGAGACCCUUGUUUUCCUUCUUCGAUAGAGGUAGUCCUCUCCAAGAUGAGUGCGUAUUGGGGAGGGUGAAAUGACAAAAUGUCAGCGAGAGACCAAAUAUUUUUUCCUUCUGUUGCCGGUGGGUGUGUGUGUGUGUGUGUGUGUGUGUAUGCGUGCGUGUUGUCCGAUGUGUGGUGCAACUCACACACAAGUCUGUGUGGGAAAGUGAAACACUGCCACCAGAUGUUUUUGGGGGGGUUGGGAUGAGAGAGAUUUGACGAAAGUGAAAGGAGCU